UGGGGGGCAUGAGGUGCACAUGGACCAGAGGCUGUGGGAAGGUCUGGUGGGUCUCAAAUGAUUUUUAAGGGCUCAGUCAUGAGAUUUUCAGGGACUAGGGUUGAGUCUUGGGGAGUUGGGGGUCACAGGGAAAGCAACCCGGGGAAAAGGAGUAGGACUGCCCCUCCCCAUAACAAUGAACCCUCCAGGGAGAUGCUCCUGCACCAGUGACCAUUGCACUCAACUUCUCCCCUUCUCCCCAGUUUUAAUGCCCCUGGAGACAGUGCACACAGCGGGGGUCUUACCCCACCACCGGCAAUCCAUGGCUGUAUCCUGCUGUACCAUGGACUCUGGCUGGGACCAGGGGAGCUCCACAGAGUGCAGAGCCCCUCAGGUCCCAGCUUAUGCCUCCCUGAGCCAGUCUCUAAGGUGCCACCCUUCUGCCUGACUUCAAAGGAACAGGGAUAAAAUUCUCUCUGGGUCCCAGGGCAUGCAGGAUCACAGCUUUAAUUCGGAUUUGAACAGGGGAACAAACUCCAGACCUUAUGAAGAAGCAGCCCCUUGUCCCAUGCUAAGUACCUGGGAAGUAUUGGAAUUAACACUUUGCCUAGGCAGAAUCAGGGAUAAUUGCCUUUAAGUGCCAACAUCUGUCCCACCCCUGUUUUGAUGCAAAUCAAAUCUCAGACUAAUCCUCUCUGGCUGAAACCCCUCCUCUGUGAGGUCCUGGUCUGCUUUCCCCAUAGGUGCUGAGCAUCAGGUCCUGUCUGCAGCUCCAGAGACCAGGAGCUUAUUGCUACAGCCUGGUGGGUUGAUUUCCCCCACCCCGCAAAGGAAUUUGGACUGCUCCUGCCCAUCGCAGACCAUUGGGAAUCAGUGAUCUCUUUGUCUUCCUUCCCCAGCACUUGAUUUCCAAUCCUCUGCUGAGAUCGUGGAGGAUGGCUGCAGCAGCCCUGGCUGAGCUCCAGAAAGCCUUUGAGGACGUGGCUGUGUACUUCACCCGGAAGGAGUGGGCACUGCUGGAAGAUGAAGACAAGCUGCUUUACCGGGACCAGAUGCUGAGGAAUUACCAAGCCCUUGUUUUUAUGGGACAUCGUGGUCCCACACCAGACUUAAUCAGCCGCAUCCAGCAAGGGGACGCGGAGCUCUGGGUCUCUGAUGGUGAGGAUUCAGGAGAGAGCUCAUGGUCCGAGGGCCCAUGCCUAGCAGGUGCUGGGAUACCAAGCAGAGUGGAGCAGCAGGCUCCUGAAGAAGGGCUCGCAGCAGCCAAGCCCCAAACUCACCCUGUGUGCAGGGAAGGACUCGAGGAGCAGAGAGCCCCGAGCAGGCAGGAGGAUGGGGUUCGCAGUGGGGAGGUGCUGUAUAAAUGUGGAGCAUGCGGCGAGAGCUUCAAGGACACCGAAGAUCUCUGGGUACACCGGAGGACCCACCGGAGGGAGGCUGCCCACCCCUGCCCCGAGUGCGAGAAGAGCUUCCAGUAUAAAUCGCUUCUCAUCCGGCACCAGAGGACGCACUCGGGGGAGCGCCCCUACCUGUGCCCCGAGUGCGGGAAGAGCUUUGCCCAGAGGUCGCACAUCCGCGUGCACCAGCGCCUCCACCGAGGGGAGAAGCCCUAUGGCUGCCCUGAGUGUGGGAAGAGCUUCACCCAACAACAUCACCUCCAGGACCACCAGCGCGUGCACACGGGGGAGAGGCCCUAUCACUGCACAGUGUGUGGGAAGAGCUUCACCCAGCAGCAUCACCUGCAAGUGCACCAGCACCUCCACACCGGGGAGAAGCCGUACCACUGCGGGGAAUGCGGGAAAAGCUUCCCCCAGCAGCAGGCGCUCUGGAUCCACCUGCGCCUGCACAUGGGGGAGAAGCCAUUCCCCUGCUCUCAGUGUGGGGAGAGCUUCUGCCACCGCUCGGGGCUCAUCAUCCACCAGAGCAUCCACACAGGGGAGAAGCCGUUCCCGUGUGCCGAGUGCGGGAAAAGCUUCACGUGGCGCUCGGGACUGGCUGCCCACCAGCGCAUCCACACCGGGGAGAAGCCGUUCCCCUGCCCGCAGUGUGGCAAGAGCUUUUGCAAGCGCUCUCAGCUCACCGUCCAUCAGAGGAUCCACACCGGGGAGAGACCCUACGGCUGCACCGUGUGUGGGAAGUGUUUCUGCACGAGCUCUGCCCUGACCCGGCAUCAGCGAACCCACAGGGACUGGACCCUUGCAAUGAAUGAGGGAGAAAUGCUGCUAGCCCAUGCCUCGUCCUCCCUGAGCACUGAGGGUGGGGAUCCUGUACCUGGAUGUGAUGCUGCAGCCGGGGCGGGCCAGGUCCUGCACUCCCAUCUGCAGCCUGAGCUCAGUGAGAUGCAGCCCGGAGACUGGCCUGGCUCCCACAGGGUGGAUGCUGCUGACAGCCCCCCAUGUGAGAGCAGGGUAGCAGGAGCUGGGGCUGGGCCUCCCCUGGCAAAGGAAAUGACUGCUGAGCUAAUGCCAGCUCCAGAUCUGGGAGCCCCCUUUCCAGCCCUGAUGGACCCAGAGCUGCCCCUGGGGGACGAGGUCCCCACCCCGGAGAUGUGGCGCCGGCGCUUCCGGUGCUUCCGCUACCAGGAGGCCGCGGGGCCGCAGGAGGUUCACAGCCGCCUGCGGGAGCUGUGCCAGCGCUGGCUGGAGCCCCAGCGCCGCAGCAAGGAGCAGAUGCUGGAGCUGGUGGUGCUGGAGCAGUUCCUGGCCAUCCUGCCCCGGGAGACGCAGAGCUGGGAGUGGGGGCACAGCGUGGAGGCUGUGACCAUGGCUGAGUGGUUUCAACUGGGGUCGGCGGAGGACGAGACCCUCCAGGUCACAGUGUGCAUGAAGGUCAAGGACACAGCCUCAGACAAGAUGGGAAGUGCUGGGGCACUGUGGGAACCUCUCGGCUCCCAGCCACAAGAGUCACAGCCACCUCCUGAGCACCUGCCCCUGGAGAAGCCGGGAUGCGGUGAAACUUCAGGGCCUGAUGUCCCAAAAGACGAGCCCCCACCUCGGUGGGAAUCAGGUGCAGCAACCCUAAGCAAGGUGGAGGAGCAAUGUCCUGAGGAAGGGCCUGCAAACCUGGAGCUGCUGACAGUGUCCCCAGGGAGACUGGGAGAGAGGGGAUCCCUGACACCUGAGCCUGGCCAGCUGCAGAAGAGACAGGGCAGGCCUCCAAAACAGGAGCUCCCGGAGGCCUUUGAGGACGUGGCCGUGCACUUCACCCGGGAGGAGUGGGCGCUGCUGGACGAUGGAGACAAGGGGCUGUACCAGGACCAGAUGCUGAGGAAUUACCAAGCCCUCGUUUCCCUGGGAUAUCAAGGUGCCACCCCAGACUUAAUCUGCCGCAUCCAGCGAGGGGAGGUGGAGCUCUGGGUGGGUGAAGAUGAGGAACCUGGAGAAACCUCAUGGUCUGAGGGCCUGUCCCCAGCAGAUCCUGGGACACUGAGCAGAGCUGAGCAUCAGUCUCCUGCCAACCUGAAGCUGUUUCCAGCUAGAAACCAGCUCCCCAUCCAACAAGGACGGAGAACAGCGGAGACCCACAGGAGCCCUGCGUGCACAGAAGGAUUUGAAGGGCUGAGAGACCUGAAGAGCCCCAAGGGCAGGGUUCAGAGUGGGCAUGGGUCCUAUAUAUGUGGAGACUGUGGCAAGAGCUUUGGGGACCUCCAGGAACUUGGAGCUCACAGGGGACCCCUGGGAAGGGAGAAGGCCUACCCCUGUGUCGAGAACUGGAGCAGCUUCCAAGAAAAAGACCAUCUCAUCCGGCAACAGAGGAGAGAACCAGGACAGAGCUCCUGUCUCUUCCCCGAGUGCAGGCAGAGCUGCAUCUCCCUGAGCGACCUCCAAAUCCACCAGCGCAUGCACGUGGGGGACAAGCCGUACCGCUGCAACGAAUGCAGCAAGAGCUUCACCAGGCGGUAUCAUCUCCAGGUGCACACGCGCGUGCACACGGGGGAGAAGCCAUUCUCGUGCCCCCAGUGUGGCAAGAGCUUCACCAAGAACUCCGCGCUGACAAAACACUGGCGCGUGCACACAGGGGAGAAGCCGUUCUCCUGCCGGCAGUGCGGGAAGAGCUUCAGUGACAACUCGACGCUCACGGGCCACCUGCGCGUGCACACUGGUGAGAAGCCCUUCUCCUGCUCCCAGUGCGGGAGGAGCUUCACCAAGAGCUCCACGCUCACAAGGCAUCUCCUGGUGCACACGGGGGAGAAAAGGUUUUCCUGCAGCCAGUGUGGGAGGAGUUUCACCCACAACUCGACGCUUACCAAGCACCUGCGCAUGCACACGGGGGAGAAGCCGUACGGCUGCGGGGAGUGCGGGAAGCGUUUCCGUCAGAGCGCCGGCUUGACGAAGCACCAGCGAACCCACCAAGACAAGACCAGGGGACAGCUUCUUCCAUCCUCCCUUUGCAAUGGAGAGGGGAGCCACACACCUGGAUGGGCUGCUCCAGAAGACAAGUCCCCUGGCCCAGGCAACUUUGCCUUCUGCAUCCCAGAAAUGCCCUCAGCCUGCGGCGUGGGCACCAUGCAGCCAACAGGCCUCAAUAGCUCCAUGUCUAGCUGGAAGGAGGAAUCAAAUGGGAUUCCCUGGGAGUCCAUACUGGGUCAGGAAUUGUUUAACAUCUGCAUUAAUGAUUCAGAGGAUGGGUUCAAGUGCACGCUUUUCAAAUUUGUAGGUGAUUCCAAGGUGGGCAGAAGUGCGCACACUGUGGAGGGCAGGGCUAGGAUCCACAACGACCUGCACAGCCUGGAUAAAUGGUCUUCAAUCAAUCAGAUGAGAUUCAACGGCCCCAGAGACACGGUGCUGCCAACAGGCUCCGUGCACAAGCGGUGGGAGAGCGAGAGUCCAGGCCCCCGAGCUUCACCAGCACGCAGGAUGGCAGCCAAGCUAGGUCCAGCACCGGCCCUGAGCCUCCUGUUGCCAGCACUGGUGCAGCCCUCGGUGAAGAUGGAGGAACAGGACUCAGCAGGUCCACCAGAGCCUGUGGCAGGAGCUGAAGGGGCAGGGAACGUCCCUCGUGUCAUUGAGGCUGGGACUGGUCAGGAGACCGUGAGCUGGGAGGAGCUGCAACAGGUCAAGCAAGAGCCACAGGAGGAGCCAGCCCACCACGGGGAAGGACAGUGGCAGGAAGGGAUGCAGCCCCAGCAUCUUCCUGCCAAGGUUGGGAUGGACACAGUGACCCUGCAGCUGCCAGAGCUGGCCCCGGGAGGCGAGGUCCCCACCCCAGAGAUGUGGCGCCGGCGCUUCCGGGGCUUUUGCUACCAGGCGGCCGAGGGGCCGCGGGAGGUGUGCAGCCGCCUGCGGGAGCUGUGCCAGCGCUGGCUGGAGCCCCAGCACCGCAGCAAGGAGCAGAUCCUGGAGCUGGUGGUGCUCGAGCAGUUCCUGGCCAUCCUGCCCCAGGAGAUGCCGAGCUGGGAGUGGGGACUUGGCGUGGAGACCUGCGCUGAGGCGGUGGCCCUGGCCGAGGGGUUUCAGCUGGGGCAGGCGGAGGAUGAGAAGCUCCAGGUCACAGUGUGUGUAAAGGUUGAAGACGUGUCCUCGGACAAGAUGGCACCCACUGGGGCAUUGUGGGAACCUCUUGAUUCCUGGCCAGAGCAGCCACAGCCCAAUCCUGCUCACAUGCCCCAGGAGGAGGCAGGAUGGGGUGAAACCCCAGGGGUCCAGGAUGAGCUGCCUCAUGUCCCCAAAGAGGAGCCCCUGCCCCAUGAGGAGUCAGGUUUCUCCAACACAGAGGAGACCUGGGACUCAUCCGCAGAUGAGAGCUCCAUGGGUUGGUUCCCCAGACAAGACCCUUCCCCAGGAGCAGCAGGUGCAGGGACACUGAGCGGAGCUGAGGAGCAGCCUCCAGAGGAAGGGCCCGCCAACUUGAAGCAGCUGAAGACGUCCCCAGGGAAAGCAGGAGCGAAGGCCCUGCCUGGUGGAGCACGCACCGGGGAGGAGCCGCACCUCUGCGCCGACUGCGGAAAGAGCUUCGCCUGCCUCUCAAAACUGGCCGCCCACCGCAAGAUCCACUCCAGGGAGCGCCCCCACCACUGCCCCGACUGCGGGAAGAGCUUUGUGUUCCUCUCCAUCCUGGCCAAGCACCGCACCGUGCACACGGGGGACCGGCCGCACCGCUGCGGAGAGUGCGGGAAGACCUUCAAACACUCUUCCAGCCUUUUCCUCCACCGGCGCGUGCACUCGGGAGUGCGGCCACACCAGUGCGGCGAAUGCGGGAAGAGCUUCGCGCACUCCUGCAGCUUGGCCCGGCACCAGCACGUCCACUCGGGGGAGAAGCCACAUAGGUGCGGAGAGUGCGGGAAGUGCUUUGCUCAACCCGGCCACCUCACCCAGCACCGGCACAUCCAUUCGGGGGAGAAGCCGCACAGCUGCGGGGAGUGCGGGAAGAGCUUCGUGCGCCGCGGAGACCUGGUCCAGCACCAGCGCGUGCACACGGGGGAGAAGCCGUACCUGUGCACCAAGUGCGGGAAGAGCUUCAGCAGCCUCGGGUACCUGGCUACCCACCGCAAGAUCCACUCCGGGGAGCGUCCCCACCGCUGCGAGGAGUGCGGCAAGACCUUCGUGACCCGCUCCAACCUCACCACGCACCAGCGCGUGCACACUGGGGAGAGGCCCUACUGCUGCCCAGACUGCGGGAAGAGCUUCACCCUCUCCUACAACCUGGCCCAGCACCGGCGCAUCCACACUGGGGAGAGGCCGUACCUGUGCACCCACUGCGGCAAGAGCUUCCAGCGCCAGGUGCAUCUGACCCGGCACUGGCGCCUCCUCAUGCAGGAGCAGUCGUAGUCGUGCCCGCGGUGCUGGAAGGGUUUGGGAGCACCUCCGUCAGCGGCUGGACUUGGGUGAAGGGCCAGUCCUCUCUACCAAGGGUGGGCAGAGAUUCACCCUGCUCUCAUCCAUCAGCAGGCAUCUCAGGACCCACUAGGCCCAAAGGCCAGACUGUGAGGUUUGAUAGGGGCAGAAAGGGAGCUCCCCCCUACGCUGCUAUGCUGGAGGGAGUUAUCUCAGGACCUGGCUCUACUACUCAUCACCUCUCGAUAAAGGGAGCCCAGGGAGGCAGAGCUGUGGGGAACAGGUAGGACUUCAAAAAGAGGUCUAACACACAACACAGCGAGGUCGGACUGAACUCCCCAAUGAACGCCACGGGUCUCCUGGCUCCAUCCUCUGUGGCAGUCCUGGGGGGACGAGUGUGUCCUUCUCGUAGGUCCCAGUGUCCCUACUGGGAAGCUCGUGAGGUACAGUGAUGAUAUUUCUGGCCAGGAAAGUGUUACCUAUCUUCUACCCUGAACCUUGCCAGCCUACAUCCUAUAUUUAUAAAUGGCUUAUUCUAAUUUUCUAAUAAAUGUUUGCUGAUUGGUUUUAUUUACUUUUUUUUUUUCCACUGAAACUUUUGGGACUGGGCUGAACCGGAUCGCUUGUGGCCCUGGAAAGAGCCAGUUACUUGGCAUUUGUUUCCUUGGGAAAGCAGAAGCAUCAUGGGAUGCUGCUUCCCACCAAUCCUGUUGUCUCUUCACCUCCGUUUACGGUUUUUACUGAAAAGGCUGCUUUGGUUUACAACUUGUUUCAGAAACUGAACAAAAAAUAUAUAUAUAUCCCGUAUAGCAAAACUAUGUCUAAAACAGUUUGUUUCUUUAAUCAUUACUAUUCAGUACGUUUCAGCUGGAGCUAUGAUACAGUGUGUUUAGAUGAUCUGAUUUAGCUAUCUUCUUGCAUAUUAUCUCCUUUCUAGCCUUGUUCUCUAUUUAAUCUUGCUGGUCUAGCUGGCAUCUUGAUUGCUGCUUUUAUUUUGCUGGCCAAGCUGGUUGUCACAUCUGCAAAGGUUGGGAGAACUCAGAAACAGGCUUUGGGGCCUUUUGCUUUAGCUGCUAUUCUGCAGCUUGUCCUAGGCCUCUUGAAAAUGGCCAAAGUACAUUUUUAUUUUUGUGCACAUACAUUGGAUCUGUUUUGCAGUUGGACCCUUUCUCACCCCUUGUAGCUGUCCUGUGGCUCUCUUACCCUUUCCCAGAGUUGAGUUGCUUCUUCCAGGCCUUUCCCCUUUGGAGCAUUGACUCCUUAGUCUUCAGACAAAGAGGAUGGUAUGUUUGAAAAGUAAAUGUACCAAUGUGUUUUUUCAGGGAUUUGAGCAGAAGGGGAAAGCAGCACAUAUAGGCAGGCAAAUCCACACAGGCCCCUAUUUGGUGGAAAAGAAUCAGGCCCUGAGUGGUGGGCAGCUAGCAUCACUUGCUCCAAAUAGAAAGGGGAAAUAGCUGCUUCUCUCCCCAAGCAGAACUGGAAUCAGGUAUUUUAAUGCCUGGUGCAGGUCAUGUGCAGAGCCCCCACCAUGUGCUACUGAGUAACAUAGUUUUUUAUGUAUUAUUUGCUUUUUUUUUUGUAUGAUAUAAUAUGGGACUACCUUGAGUACAAAACAUGAGCAAAAUGACACUACACCCAAACAGAACAAAGCUUGGUAAGUACUAUUUCAAGAUAUCAAGAAAAGUGAAACAUCACACGAAGAAACAUGGUAUCUGUCUAUCGUGUAUGUCAGCACUGAGCAGGUACGGUGUGGCAGUGCCUGCCACUUUAAGGUUUCUAGCUGGCAGUGGGGCAGCCCGCAGGUGGGUGCUAGCCUCAUCAAGGCUAGCACAUGACCCUAGAAGGACCCUUGGGAUUGGCUGAGGGGGCGGAGCCAUCUGCCUUUUAACCAGGCCCUCAGAUGCAGAAGUAGUAGUCUGAGUUGGGUUGGCAAGGAGGUAACAUGUGGUUGAGCUGUUCCUGGAGCACCUUGGAGCCAUGUCAGACUCCAGCUUCUAUGGGACUAUUGCACUCCACCAGUAGCUGCUCCCUCUUAGCUUCUCAAUUGCUUGAGACUCGCAUUACCCAAUGAUCUGCUGAUCAAAGUGAACCUGAAGGAUUUUACCCUUCAGAGGACAGUGCCCCAUACCAUCUGCAGUAACUCCAGCCCUGAACUGGAAGCAGUGGGGAGCUGAGCUGAGUGAAGC